GUCCGUGCGGGCUUCCGUAGCGUAGUGACAACAGGGCAGAGCUCUUUGGUCGGAAGCCAAAGAUAAAGUAGCUUUCGAGUUAGCCGCGGAUGCGAACAGUCAAGCUGUGAUACAGACAGAUUUGAAAGUCGAAUACCUGUAGAGGAAGAUGAGGCUGAAGGAGAUCCAGAGGACUGCCCACCAAGCGUGGAGUCCUGCCGGCCACCACCCUAUCCACCUGGCCUUGGGGACAUCGGCGCAGCAGCUCGACGCCUCCUUCAACACCACAGCUGCCAUAGAGAUAUUUGAGACGGACUUUUCUGACCCCUCUCUGGACAUGCAGCUCAAAGGGUCUUUACCCACCGCAAACAGGUUGCACAGUAUUGUUUGGGUAAAUUUUGGAAUGGGAGCAGAUGGAUUUGGAGGAAGGCUGGUUGGUGGGAGCGAAAAUGGCACAUUGACUGUCUAUAACCCAGAGGUCAUAAUGAAUUCUGGGGCCGAUGCGAUAGUGGGACAAUGUGACAAACACACAGGACCCGUCCGAGCACUCGAUUUCAACCCUUUUCAGAGUAAUCUUCUUGCAUCAGGAGCAAACGAUUCCGAGAUUUAUAUCUGGGAUCUAAACAACUUCACCAGUCCAAUGACACCGGGAGCAAAGACACAGCCUGCUGAGGACAUCAGCGUGGUUUCCUGGAACAGACAGGUCCAGCACAUCCUGGCCUCCGCCAACCCCAGUGGGAAAGCCGUCGUGUGGGACCUGAGAAAGAACGAGCCCAUCAUCAAGAUCAGUGACCACAGCAACCGGAUGCAUUGUUCAGGAAUGCUCUGGCACCCCGACGUGGCCACUCAGUUGGUGUUGGCCUCUGAAGAUGACCGACUGCCCGUCAUCCAGAUGUGGGACCUUCGCUUUGCCACAUCACCUCUUAAAGUCCUUGAGAACCACACGAGGGGAAUUCUGUCCAUAUCCUGGAGCCAGUAUGACUCUGAGCUCUUGUUGAGUAGUGCUAAAGAUAACAGGAUCCUCUGCUGGAAUCCAAACACUGGAGAGGUCAUUUACGAGCUUCCAACAACAAACCAGUGGUGCUUUGAUGUCCAGUGGUGUCCUAGGAAUCCGGCCCUGCUCUCAACUGCAUCAUUUGAUGGGAGAAUCACGGUUUACUCUGUGAUGGGAGGGAGUUUGAAGACUCAGCAGCAAAGCACAGCUGAUAAAAUAUCCUCCUCAUUUGACACAAUGGACCCCUUCGGUACAGGGCAGGUGCUGCCUCCCCUGCAAGUCCCUCAGCCUGCAGUGCAGGACACCAUAGUUCCCCCCCUGAAGAAGCCACCAAAGUGGGUGCGCAGGCCUGUGGGAGCUUCCUUUGCUUUCGGAGGAAAGCUGAUCACCUUCGAGAAUCCCAAGCAGCCUCCGGUGCAGAGCCCGCAGCCUGUCCCCAGACAAGUGUUUGUGAGCCAGGUUACCACGGAAACCGAGUUCCUCCAGCGCUCCAGGGAGCUGCAGGCGGCGCUGCAGUCGGGUUCGUUCGGCAACUACUGCCAGGCCAAGAUUCAGAGCGCCAAGUCAGACGCAGAGCAGGACAUCUGGAAGUUCCUCCUGGUUAAUUUUGAAGAUGAAGCCCGGAUUAAAUUCCUUAGACUUUUGGGUUUCAGCAAAGAUGAACUGGAGAGAAAGAUUUCUAAAUGCCUGGGGAAGAAUUUCCAACCCAAUGGACAUGGAGUAGAUGCCAAAGACUUGGCAGAAAAGAUGCAGCGGCUCUCCACAGAGAGGUCGGAUGAAGCAGCGGCUGCAGCUGAUGCUAGAACCUCAGGUUCUGUUUCACCGGCAGACUUCUUCAGUCAGACCCCAAAGGAAAACUCCAACUUCCAGAUUCCUGUAUCAUGUGAUACCGAUGGUUUGAUAAGCCAGGCGCUGCUGGUUGGGAACUUCGACGGAGCCGUGGAUCUGUGUCUGAACGACGGCCGCUACGCCGAAGCCAUCCUGCUGGCUAUCAGCGGAGGAGAGGAGCUGCUCAAGAAAACUCAGCAAAAAUACCUAAGCAAGCAUAAAAACAGCAUUUCUAUGCUUAUAUCAUCAGUGGUGACGCAGAACUGGAGAGACAUAGUGCAGAGCUGCGAGCUGGACAACUGGAAGGAGGCUCUCGCUGCCCUGCUGACGUAUGCUCACCCAGAGGAUUUUGCUCAUCUGUGCGAUACCCUGGGAGGCCGGUUGGAGCAUGAGGGUACGGAGAAGCGCUGCCUGCAGGCCUGCCUGUGUUACAUCUGCUCUGGGAACAUUGAAAAGCUGGUGGAGUGCUGGGCCAUGCACAGAGACUGCACGUCCCCUCUCGGCCUAGAGGAUCUGGUUGAGAAAGUAAUGAUGCUCCGAAAGUCGAUCGAGCGCCUCCGCAACAGCGAGGUGGCCGUCCAGAGCCCCAUCCUGGCCGAGAAGCUGACCUGCUACGCGGGCAUCCUGGCUGCAGAGGGCAGCUUGGCUACGGCCAUGACCUACCUGCCGGAGAACUCAGACCAACGUGGCAUCAUGAUGCUGAAGGACAGGCUGUUUCAUGCUCAGGGAGAGGCAGCUGGUGGACGGCAGCCUCCAAACUCCUUCAGCAGAGUCGGCGCGUCCACGGCGAAGCCUGCUCCUUCUGCUCAGACUCUAAAAGCACAAACCAUGACUCAGUACCAGCCCUCCACUCCUCCCCAGGUGGCUCCACAACAGCAGCCUCCCAUGCCGUCAGUUUUUACCCCUCAAGCUGCUCCAACCAACCCCGGACCCGGUCUCCCGCCUUCUUCUCAUGUCCUGCCGCCGAGUUCAACCCGCCCCGCCGUGAGACCUUCUUACCCCCAACAUCCCGCUCCGGCUCCAGGUUUUCUUCCUCACCAGCCAUUCCAGCCGCAGCCUAUGUCCAGUGCCGGACCCUUAUCCUUCCCUCCUCCGGGUCCUUCCAUGCCGGCCGCCAACUUAUCAGGACCUCAGCUGCCGCCUUCGUCAUCGAGCCCUGUGGGGCUGCCCCCCAUGCCCAGCCCCGGCGUGCCACCGACGACCUUCAUGCCAUCUACCUCUUUGCCCUCAGGGUUCAUGCCACCCAGCUCCCAACCUGGAGGCCCGGUACCCAUGUACCCGGGGGGUCCCCACAAUCAGGGGCCUGCACCACCCAUGCCAGCAGGUCCCUAUGCUCCUAUAGGGUCUGGGUAUCCACCGGGAGGCCCUGGGGCUCCUGCUGUAAAACCCUUCCAGGCCCCUGUCGUUGCUCCUCCUCCUACAGGAUACUUUCCCUGGCUGAAUUCCCUAUGUGAAAAUGAAGGACCUCAGGAAGGAUGGAACGAUCCCCCAGCAGUACGAGGUGGACCCAGGAAGAAGAAGGUCCCUGAUAACUACACUCCUCCAGCCCCCAUCACAGCCCCCGUCAUGGGAUUCCCAGUGGAGGCCCCUCAGCCCCACGACCACGCCCAAGUCCCCCCCGGAGCGCCCCAGGAGCCCAGCGUACAGCUCCUCCAGCAGCUGCCGGCGGAGAGGGUGGAGCAGAAGGAAAUCCCAGCGGAGCACAUGGUCCUGAAAUCCACCUUUGACAGCCUGGUGCAGCGCUGCCAGCUCGCUGCAGGAGACCCACAAACAAAGAGGAAACUAGAUGACGCAGCCAAACGUUUGGGACACCUGUACGACAAACUGAGGGAGCAGUCGCUCUCCCACAACAUCCUGAACGGGCUCCACGAGAUCAGCCGCUGCGUGGCGAGCCAGAACUACCAGCGAGGCCUGGAGGUCCACACUCAGGUCGUCAGCAGCAGCAACUUCAGCGAGAUCUCCGCCUUCAUGCCCAUCCUCAAAGUGGUCAUCACCAUUGCAAACAAGCUUGGCGUCUAAAACCCUCCACCACCACCCCCCUGCGCCCCCCUUGAGGACACCACCAACCAGACUUCAGUGUUAUCAUAUUGUUAUAUAUGUAUUUAUUUCUUCUGGACCCGUGCGUUGAUAAUGAGCAUAACGGCAGACUAUAUUACAGAUCGUGCGGGGGGGGAGGAGAAGUUUUUUGGGCAGCGAGGUAGGAUUUUUUUUUUUUUUUUUGAGAUGUGUCAAUGUUGCUGUGCAAAAAAAAAAAAACAAACAAACAAAAAAAAAAGCGAUGAAUGUAUUCUGAAAGUUGUGACUUGGUGUAAAUUAAACUGUUGAUGUAAUAUAGAAGAAAACUGAAUCAAGGCGGCGGUCGUACACCGUAUAUCGGUGUAUAUUUAAGUAAAAACAAUAUCUGGUUUGCACUUCCUGUCCUCCCUCAAUAAUGUACUCUGUAUGAGUGGAGAAGCUAACACUGUAAGAUUCAACAACAAGCAUUGUUUUAAAAAACACCCUUCACCUGCUGUAAUAGACUGCAUCCAGAAAAUAGUGCCAUGAGGGUUUUUUUUAUUUUCCUUUUUGGGCCAAAGCGCUGCAGAAGAAUGUCAUUCGGGGAUUGUCGAGUUGCUGUUUUUUCUCUGAUUGUGUGUGGCUCUAUUGGCACAUAUACGUGAAUGACUCUAGCUUUUGUUUUCAUUUGGAUCCAGACUUUACUUCUUUACCUCCGCGUGCAUGUUUUCCCCGCGUUAACCAGCCGCCUGUAACUCAAUAAUUACAUUAAUUUAUGUUGAACUGCAAAUGAAAUUAACAACCCUGCUGCAUCCUUUUAUGUUUAAAAAGAAAGGACCCCUCUUUCUACUCAUCUUAUCCUUUUUGUAACCUCAAAUUAGUUUCUAAAUCAUAGCUGUUUUAGAUUAGAUCGUACAAUAGAACAACUUAAAUGAACUGAUGUAUACAAGGAGCAAAAAAAAAAAAAAGAAAAGAAAUCAAAGAGUUUUGUAGCUGAACAUAAAGCUGGAUCGUUUGGUGUGUUGUGGCAGCAGAAGGCAGUAAAGUGCCUCAGUGUGCCCAUUUUGGUUGCACAGAUAUUUAUACAAUCCAUGUUGCUUACUUACUUUACUCAUUUCGAUAUCUUUUUCAAAUAAAGUUUCACUUUAAAGUCUU